CUCGCUCUGCUGGCGUAUACGGAAGCGCUGUAACCGCAGCUGUGUUUCGGCACGAUCCCUGCAACAUGGCGUGAGGCGCUCCCGACGAGAGAGAGAGAGAGAGCGAGAUACGCAGAGAGACGUGGAGACAGCCAAGGGGGAGAGAGAGAGAGACAGGCAGAUCCAUUUCUGUUUGGCACGUCAUCAUCAUCUCUCUCGCUAGCCGGCUCGGUUUUCGGAGCGAACUAUUCCGACAGUGCGCGCACACACAACACACACACACAGCGCACACACACACACAUCACCACCAUCCGUCAUCGGCAUCAUCAUCAUCAAAGACUCCGACUGAAUUAGACGUCGCACCAUUAAUCCCGUGGCGAGCUCGAGCGGGUGGGGAACGCUUCUCCCCCGUCCCCUCUUCCAUCUCGGGCGACACUUGCGGUGCGAAGAAGAAGACCUCUCGCUCGCUCGCUCUCGACUCAAAGUGACUUUGAGCGCCGUUCCAGAGCCUGGCGUCGCUACUAACGCAGCUUAGCCGCUGGUUGCUGCUGUCGACGAUGAUGAUGACGACGGCGGCGUCGGUGGCGGCGGCGAUGGUAGCGUCGGCAAGCGGCAGUCCGAAGUUAACUUGGAGCUGUUCCCUCGCCCCACUCGCUUGGCGUUCACAAGAGGCGGCUUAGGCGAGGUGGCGUUGGUGUUGCAGAGGGCCACGUGUCAAGUUCACCGUUCUAGAAGGCAUCGAUGAAGAACUGAUUAACCGAAGACACGAGAAAGGUGGUGGGGUGGGGGAGGGAUAGCAUUUAUUUGAUCGGGAAUCCGUCCUAAGAAGUAGAGAGGACAAUGAGAUAAGAUCUGUGGGGGGUGGUGAGUGGGAGGGCUGCGUUUCACGUGGAUGUCACUUCGGGCGUGACGGACUCAGUCGAGGAAGUCGCUCUUCCUCCCCUCCCUCCCUCGUUCGCUCUUCCUCCCCCUCCCCUCCCUCUCUCGUUCGCUCUUGCCGCUGAACUUCACACGAAAAGUGCAAACGUGGCUCGUGGGCACGGGCUGGCCAGCCGCGUUAGUCUUUCCUGCUUAGAGACACGUCGUCGGCACGAUCUUCAAAACAAAUAAACCCCACCUCCUCCUCCCCCCAUCCCCAACCGGUCUGUCCAGACUCGAGGAGCAUCACUCACUCAACAGCAGCAGAAGCAACAGCAGCAACAACAGCAGCAACACCAUUCGCGACUUAAUUCUUUGGAGCGGGAGAGAGGAGAGAGUGGAGUUCAGAGUGAACAGGCAGGGAGCGACUUGAUACGGCAGCACCAUGAGAAGGAGACAGAAGAGAAUUCUGCAAGCCACGGGGCUCUUCGUCUUGGUGGCGGUGUUCGCGCCCAACAUCGGCCUCUGGUCGCUGUUCCGAGAGCGACAGCUCGAGAAGAUCCCGCACAUGCCAGGGCAUCUGCAGCCGGGACCGGUGUUUCCCGUGGACGUGGGGGCACUGGGACUGGCCAUGGGACCGCGUGCUGCCGGCCGGGGAAACCCGGACGCCAGAGAGCCAGAAGGCUCACUCCUUAAAGACUGGCACGACCACGAGGCCAUCCGGAGAGACGCGGCCCGCAGAGGCAACGGCGAGCAGGGGAAGCCCUUUUCCCUCACCGACGAGGACCGCUCGGAGGCGGCCUACCGGGAGAACGGCUUCAACAUCUACGUGAGCAACAAGAUCGCUCUGGACAGGGCGCUGGCCGACAUUCGCCACCCCAACUGUAAGCCCAAGCGGUACCUGGCGCACCUGCCCAACACCAGCAUCAUCAUCCCCUUCCACAACGAGGGCUGGUCCUCGCUGCUGCGCACCGUGCACUCCGUCAUCAGCCGCUCGCCCUCGGAGCUCAUCGCGGAGAUCAUCCUCGUGGACGACUUCAGCGACAGAGAACACCUGAAGGGGCAGCUGGAGCAGUACAUGUCGCGCUUCCCCGUGGUGCGCAUCGUGCGCACCUCGCGCCGCGAGGGCCUCAUCCGCACGCGCCUCCUGGGGGCGGCCGCGGCUCACGGAGACGUCCUCACGUUCCUCGACUCGCACUGCGAGGCCAACGUCAACUGGCUCCCGCCGCUGCUCGACCGCAUUGCCAAGGACCGGCGCACGGUCGUGUGCCCCAUGAUCGACGUCAUCAACCACGACCACUUUGGCUACGAGACGCAGGCGGGGGACGCCAUGCGCGGCGCCUUCGACUGGGAGAUGUACUACAAGCGCAUCCCCAUCCCCACAGAGCUGCAGCGGCCAGACCCCAGCGAUCCCUUCGAGUCCCCCGUGAUGGCCGGUGGGCUGUUUGCCAUCGAUCGCCGCUGGUUUUACGAGCUCGGAGCCUACGACCCGGGCCUGGACAUCUGGGGCGGGGAGCAGUACGAAAUCUCCUUCAAGGUUUGGAUGUGCGGCGGGCGUAUGGAAGACGUGCCGUGCUCGCGGGUCGGGCACAUCUACCGCAAGUACGUGCCGUACAAAGUGCCUGCGGGGACGAGCCUGGCCAAGAACCUGAAGCGCGUGGCGGAGGUGUGGAUGGACGAAUACGCCGAGUUCGUGUACCAGCGGCGGCCCGAGUAUCGCCACCUGUCGGCCGGCGACCUGACCGCCCAGAAGGAGCUGCGGCGCCGUCUGAACUGCCACUCCUUCAAGUGGUUCAUGCAGGAGGUGGCGUGGGACCUGGCCCGCUUCUACCCGCCCGUCGAGCCGCCCGCAGCCGCCUGGGGAGAGAUCAGGAACUCGGCAGCCAACCUGUGCAUCGACGGAAAGCACGGGGGGACUGGCACGGAGCUGCGUCUUGACACGUGUGUGAAGGACGGCUCGGAGCGCACCUGGUCGCACGAGCAGGUGUUCACGUUCGGCUGGAGGGAGGACGUCCGCCCGGGCGACCCGCUGCACACGCGCAAGUUCUGCCUGGACGCGGUGUCGCACUCGGGCCCGGUCACGCUCUACGACUGCCACGGCAUGAAGGGGAACCAGCUGUGGCGAUACCGCCCCGACAAAACCCUCUAUCAUCCGGUCAGCAACAGCUGCGUGGACUUCCACCAGGCGGAGAAGAAGAUCUUCAUGAACACGUGCGACGGAGACUCGCUCACGCAGCGGUGGCUCUUCGAGAACGUCAACGCCACCGUCCUGGCCAAGUUCAACAGCAGCUAGCACCCCUUCUACCGCCCGUCCGUUCCCCCCCCGCCAAGCCCGCACAAGUGUCUCGCUCCUUUCCUGACUCGAGAGUGGAGCGCUGACGGAAGAGUGGGAGAGGGGGGGGGGGCAGCCGCACGGACUUCAGCGGCGCUGCGUGCGCUCGCCCGUGGCAUUGAGCGCCGUCUCUCCCCAUCCCCUUACCUCCCUCCCCUCUCCCCCACCCCUUCCCCCCCCCCCCCCCGCGCGCAUCUCUGGGCGCCUGUACGUCCGAACGGGCCGUUCUGACGACCGCGUGCUUUUUUUUCGAACGUGCGAGCACACGUGCAUGCAACAAGCACGCACGCGCACACGCACGCACGCACACACAAAGAACUCUCUGUUUAGCCUUAUAGACUUUUGGGGAAAGUGCUGCGAGUGACCGCUUAUUUGUGAGGGAAGUGAAAUAGAGUUCGGGUUGUAACAUAAUUCACGUGCUAACGAUCACAGCGACCCAGGUUUGAUUGUUCGCCAUGAUGCACAACAUGUGUGGCAAUUCUGUAACUGAAUCUGACCGAUUGUGGACUUCCCUAAGGUCAACUCAGCCUAAAAUGUGUACCUGGCGCAGUGUGGUCAACAUUAGUGCCGGUGAAGGCAGAUGGAUAUACAUGGUGUUGGCCCUACCAGCCACUCGCGCACUUGCACACACAAAGACAUGGGCACACACAAAGACACAUUCAUACACGAACAUAUGGACAAGAGCGCUCAGGCACACACACGCGCCAUGCACGCGCACACACGCGCACGCUGGAACACAGCCCACCCCGUUCGAAUGCCGCGCUGCAGAAUUGUAAAAAAAAAAAAUCUCGUGGAAACGGACGGACGGAGCAAACUAAACGUCAGGAGGAGUGGCCUCUCUGAGUGGGUGAAGAUCUGGCGAGGCUCAAGACGACCACCGUUGAAGUGCGAAGGAUUUGUAUUCACGACGAGUCCGCUCUUGUGUUGAUGCCUGUGGGGCAGUUCGGGCUGGCACGUCCAAAAGUGUGCGUCCGUGCGUUGCGGGCGUGCGUGCGCGCGUGUGCAUGUGUGCGUACAUUUUUGGUGGCAUAAAUCAAAAAGUGUGCAGAGUCCUGGCUUGUGUCUGUCACUGCAGGAAACUAGCACAUCAAGCAAAUCGUUUCACUCAGGAACUUCAUUCUCCAUCACACUUUGGCAAUAAAGAAUAGGCUUUACCCUUUUCCGGAAAUAAUUACAGGAGGUGUUAAUCUGUUCAAACACCAAAUAGGCACACAAUGCAAGGCAUCAGGUCUGCAUUCACCACACACGCUUGUGGUAAAAUAUGCAAACAAACAUGCUCUAUUUGGUAUUUGAACAUCUGAACAGCUGUAUUUUUGCUGGGGAGGAUAAAGCCCCACUUCUUUUUUUUCAUAAUUUUGAUACCGGCAAAAAGAAAAUAGUCCCGUAGAUAUUUAUUUUAGCUUUUGCUAUGUAGAACAUCUGGCAGUUUUAAAUCUCUUGAUCGGCAGAAACGAUGAACAACCUACAGAAGCGUCGUGCAGGGGGGUGCGGGGGGGUCACGCUACUGAGAGACGGACGGAACGAGGGGUGCGAUUGUUCGACGCACGUCGCAGCUUUGUAAAAGUUGCGGGGUUUUUCCGACGGGAAGACGCGGUCCUGCGUGUUGAUCCAACACGAAGGAAAAAUGCUACUUCCAACGGGUUGUCUGUCGUCGUAAUACCAUUGUCAUUCGGCGAUGAGGUGUGGAGAUGUGUUUGCAGCAGAACGUCGGUCGAAAAAAUUGUCGCUCAAGUUUGACCGUGAGCAGACUUCGCUCGGUCAAUUUCGGGGGUAUUUUUGCUUUUUUUUCAGGUUCUUCUUUCUUUCUGAAUGCAAAUCGAGACAAAUUAACAAACAAACGAACGCCGGUUUGUUUGUUUUAUUUGAGUUUCAACCUUGUGGGGUAAAUUAUAGUUUCGCCCAAUUUGUGGCACUUUUUCAUGUUUGGUGCAAUAAUGGCUUAUUGGUAUAGAAUGUUAAAAAUGUAAUGACAUUGCCCCCCCCUCCUCUCUGCCCCACUCUUGAUUCACUGCUGAUCUUACUGAACGUACAAUGGCCUGUGUUUAUUGUUGUGGCCCAAAACAAAAUAAAAAUUUACAGUUUUUUCAAGUGACAGUUGCGAGGACGGUGAUCUCAAUACUCUGGUAGAGAUGGAGCAAAUCUAACCUUCCAGAUAUUUGCAAAAUGUUCAUGAUUCAUGAUCGCGAUUCAAUUCGUCGGAAUCACACCACACCCUUUAACCUGCCGACAGAUAUCACUGUCUUAAAACGUAACUUUACAAUUUAGUUUCGUAAUAAUAAUACAAAUGCGUUCAACCAGCAGUUGAUGGCGAAUGUCUGAUGAUGUUUGUCAUGCAGUGUAGCGGUGAGGUUAUUUGGCCUCGUGUACGAUAUUGACGCAGCGCCUUUCCUGUAACAGCUCCAUGAAGAAUAGUUUUGGUUUUCCUCGCGGUUGCAUGUAGACUCGACGGCUCUAUGGACUCUCUCCUGGACUCACGUGAAUGGGCAGAUGCACAACCUACACCGCUGCUCAAGGGUUUGUGUGUUUUGGGGUUUUUGCGGUUGGACUUCACGGAUCUUCGGCGUAUUCCCGGGAGCCGGAAAGCUCUUGGCACGGGGAGCGAACCGUCGGACAUCACGCCGAACUACAACCCAGAAAGCACAUCGGGCAGCAGAAACGACUUAGGAAACAGCGGCUUCACUCUGACGAAUCGCCACAUGCCUACAAUCCUGUGAUUUAAAAAAAACAUGACUUACAGUGUAGCUGCAAAAUAAAACAAGUUUUCUAUUGUACGCGUGUACAUAUGAAUACUGUAUAUACAUACACGUGUGUACAUACGAUAAUGCCAGAUUUCCUAAAUCGUUUGAUUUUGUAAUGUCACCCAGUGUGUGUUUUUUUUUUGGGGGUUGGUUGUUUUUUUUCUUCUUCUAUUCGCCCUCUUGUGUACAGUGUCCGCUCGCGAAACUUUCAUCAUUGCCUCUCAAAUCGGGCUGCCGCAACACGGGGUCCCGACGAUAUAUCGUGCGACCCACGAUAUGUCGUAGCUGUACCAUUUGCAAAAAAAAAAAACAUCGUCACGGGACGAUAACUGCGUCUCGUUAUUCGCGUACUUUUUUCCCCAUUUCCUGUCCAAAUAUUUCUCAAAUAACGAUAGUUUAAAAAGUUGACGGUCGUAGUUAAAGUAAAAACAAAGCUAUUACUCAUUAAAUAAUUUGAUGGAGUUAGUCGGCAGAAUGGCGAUUAUAAGACGUCAUCAUUUUCUGACGACCUUUGACCACCGUCCAUUGUAAAGGUGCAGUGAUUAGACACGUUGAGAUAACUGCAGUGGGAUAUCUUUUCAGCACUGGUCUUGCACUUUAAAGUACAUCAAAGCACAACAAACCAUAUGACGAGAAUGUGAAACGCAAAUUACGAGGCUACGAUUAAACUGAUAUUUCGCUAAUGGACUUAUCUUGAAAUGGGAAUAGCCUAUCGGAUAUCACGAACAAAUCAUAUCGCGGCAGACCUAGCCUCAAAAAGCGCGCGGACACAGAGCUUGCUUGCUAAGUGAUCACUGCGGUGGUGAAUGCCAGCUUGCUUGCAGCCUCUUGAACACACUUGCGCGAAAUGUUUAUGGAGCCUCCUGCACUUCUCCACUUCAAAGCACUGAAUAAAAUUGCCCCGACACAAAUUGGCGGGUCUGCAUUGCAGCGGCAAAUCACUUGCAGGGCCAUGAUUUCGGGUGUCUGGGAAAAAUGGGUAAAUUGUUAUAAAUCGUUUUUUUGUGUCUUUUUCUCCAAUCUUUUCUCAUGGUCACGAAAUUAAGAACCUAUUCAGAACUGUCGCAGAAUAGCGCGCCUCUCCGUUAUAGAACGGGUCCGCAGAAGAAAAUAUCAGAGAACUGCUUCUGAAAUCUCUUCAAGUGCCCUCUAAUCCACACCAGGGAGCAGCACUGUCCCACCUCGCUCUGCAAUGGGGAGGAAUUGCCCGUGACAUGACAUGACAAACUGAACGUUUGAAUUUCUCGACUGGAAUUUUGCCUAAUUAGCUGCAGGACCAAAUUCAAUUUCGAUUUAAAGCUUUCGUGACUGCAGGGAUUCAUCUUCUUGGUUUUUUCGGUAAAGUCACGUAGAAGGGAAGUAAUAAAAUAAUAAACAUAUUCGUGAGAAUUAUUUUAUUAUGUUUUAUUUUUAUUAUUUUAUUACUUCCCUUCUACGUGACUUUACCGAAAAAACCAAGCAGACCAAAUUCAAUGUUAUGGGUUUUUUUGUGCAGUCCUUCGUGGACCGGGGCCCACUGGAUUCGUAUCAAGGAUCACAGUGGUGCCGAAUCAGCACUCUGAUAUUUGAGGCACCCGGCCACAGCAGGAUUCGGCUGAAACGGUGAAAACCUUUUAGCUGGAAUGAAUAAGCAUCAAUGAUUCAUUCAUUCAUUCAUGCUGUCUCCGGCCGGUGUGCCUGGUGGUUUGCGCGUCCAUCUAUUGCACAUCUGGCAUCACACCUGGGCUCACUUUGGGGGAGGGAAAAGUCCUGGCAAGGGAGUUGCUUUUUUAUUUUACGCAUCUUUAGCAAUUGCUUUUCAGGUGUCACAAUAAAAACCCCACCACGUUUGAGAUGCCGAAUAGAAACUCGGAUGUAGCGCUUGUUAUUAGAGUGUUCUUACGAGGGAUUCUUAUUUAUGUCUCUGCUACAGGAAUGUAGAGGCGGCAAUAACCAAUAGGCGACAGUUUAAAGCUCCCGUCACCCACUUGCCGGCAGACUCCAAGAUCGAGUGGCUGUUAUGUUCGACAUGAAACAACGAGUGUCGGCCCGUACCUAUUUUUGUCCUCGUUUUUGCUGUUAAUUUACCUUCGUUAGUGCGCUCGCUAUUUGGCUUCGCAUAAAUUCUCAGAAACUGCUCCGAGCACCGACUGAAUUGUAAGCUCAGGCUGCCUGCCGCCAGCAAUACCAAACAACACCGCGCAACUGGAAACCCACCGCAAGUGGAAAAUUAUGUGUUUGGCGACGGUUCCCCCCGUCAGCAUUUGGAAGCAGCCUUAACUACGGUGGGAAGGCGAGUGCCCCCCAAAAAAAACACAUUUGUUUCCUGAUGACUUUUUUUUAUAUAUAAAGAGAGAAGUGGUUGCAAUCGGCAACCUGAGCCGAAGCUGCGGGAAGUGUGCGCCGUGACGGCGUGGCGUCGUGCAUGGCGUGCGUCGGACAGUUAUUACUUCAAUGAAUCUAAAAUAAUGUCCCAUGGGGCUGGCCGUGUGUGUCGAUUGGCAGCAACAACAACCAUUGUACAUUCGACGAUGUUGUGCUCUGUCCUCCACUGGGUUUUUUUUCAUAAUCAAAACACAUUAACGUUUCAAACAUGAUUUUAGAGGGAU